AUGGAUCGCCAAAUGAACAACCUCUUGAAAUGGAGUAUCGAAAACUCUACUCCCUCACAACAGCAACAACAAUCGCAACAGCAGAAUAACAAUGCGCCAUCAUCAGAAACCGCUGCACCGGCCGCCAACCGCGGCGUCAACCCGGAAAUGCUCCGGGCGCUUUUUGGUGGUCCGUCCGAAGCCGAAUUAAUGAAAGCCGCUAUGGAAGCUCUUCACUCUGAGGAAGUCGACUUGGAGAAUAAACUGAUCGCAUUCGACAAUUUCGAGCAGCUUGUCGAGUCCGUCGAUAAUGCGAAUAACAUGGAGCCUCUGGGUCUUUGGUCUCCGCUCGUUAAACUGCUCGAGCACGAGGAGGCUGAAAUGCGUCGCAUGGCCGCUUGGUGUGUUGGCACCGCCGUACAGAAUAACGAGAAGGCGCAGGAUAGGCUCCUCGUCCUCAAUGCUCUCCCCACCCUCGUGUCCAUGUCAGUUUCCGACCCCGAACCAGCCGUUAGAAAGAAGGCCGUGUAUGCCCUCUCGUCUGCCGUUCGGAAUUAUCAACCCGCAAUGGACGAGACUGUCCGACACCUCCCAGAAGGGUACCCCCGUGGCGAAAAGAUUGAUGCCGGUGACAUGGACGCGGUGGAUUCAGUCAUUGACAAGCUGAGGGCCCACAAGGCUGCUGCCGUGGCAUGA